AUCCUAAUCUUGCAAAAUGUCAAGUAGCAUUUAUGAAGACCAUAAGACGAAGAAAGAAACAACUUCUCAUUUCAGCAACAAGUUAUACUCAAGUCCUUUAAGAGAGAGAUAUAAGAAGGAAGAUGCAGCUAAGAGUAAGAAGAAUGAAGAGAAGAAGACAUCCAGUUCGAAUAAAACUGUCAAGAAAUCUGGCAUUAAAAGCUUUGGAAUGAAAGGCCUUGCGGUUCCUGAGUCGUCACAUUUUAAUACAAUUUCGAAAAAGUACCACAACAGACUCAGCUCCGGAAACAAAUCGAUGCUUCAAUCAUCAGGAGAUAAAAAUUUAAUAAAUACUCAGGAUAGACCACAAAGUUCGAGAGGAUAUCUGAACACCAGCUCAAUGGCAGAGAAUCUCAACAAGUUAGAGACAGCAAGUGCAAACUCUAAUAGGUCUUUCCAGAAAGCUGGUCACAAUAGUACUCUGAAAUCAGUUCGUUCAACUAAAGUAUUAUCAAGAAUCAAAGAUGAUCUAAAGAGCUCUGGCAAACCCCUCGUUGUUGAAUACUCAAGUGGAGCAGUUCACGAUAUUGACAUUUCAACUGCGCUUGCAGUCAGAGAGAAUCUAGAGAAAAUCUCAACCUUAAUAUGCCCCAAAAGAAGAGGUGGUGCAUCUGGAUUUAGAUCUGUAGACAGAAAGAAAUCUCGUGAUAAAUUAGGAAGUUUGACUAGAAGCCAGUUCAAAUAAACCCAAUAAGAACAGACUCGGAUCAGAGACAAGAGUUGACGGAGCUCCUACCAGCCAGCUAUCUCUCAUUGAGCUUACUGAGAAGAUCCUUAAUAGAGCUGAAAAGAUAAACAAGAAAGAGAAGGCUAGAGCUCAUUCUGACUUCCCUCUCAAGAACAAGCUAAAGUACUUAGAAGAAGAAAACAGAAGGGUGAUUCAAAGCUAUGAGAUCAGAAUUAAAGAUCUUGAGAGACAACUUGAGAGAAAGCAGAAAAGAAGAAACACUCUUCAAAAGAUGAGGAAAGAAGAAGGCCCUUACACAGAAGAUCAAAAGAAGUUCAUGAUUGAGGAUUAUGAAAAUGUCUUACUCAUUCUUAAUGAGAAACAUCUUGACCUGAAAGAAACUUACCCAGAGUAUGCUAAUAUCGCAGAUGAAAGACAGAUGGAGACUUCCCAAGUAUUAGAGACCAUGAUUGAUUUCCUCAAUAAAAAGAAUGGUCCUGGCCAAAAACUUACAAAGCAGAGUCAGUCUGUAGAUACAUUAGAAUAUUCUGUUGAGAUGGAAGAUACGAAUGCUCUCAACAAUACUGAGAUACAUUUUACUCCCUCCAGAUUGCUAGAUGAUAGCAUGAAUGAUUCCUGAAGAAUUACUGUUACAGAUACAAAUGAAAAAGAGUCGAACUCGUCUCCUGAGAAGAGCAUCGAAGUUGAGAAAUUUGAAUAAAA